AGUACUGUUGUGUUAUAAAGUUAAAAAGACUUAGUGCUAAUCGAGACAAAUACCGUAACUGCGAUUAAAAUUAUUACGAUUAUUCUUCCAUAAAAAAAUUUCGGCACUAGUUUAGUCAGUGACUUAAUGUUAAUGCUUUUAGUCGGGUACCGAUGAGGCCACUUAGCGUGACAGACAGGAGUCGCAUUAGAUUUGCAAUUUGACGCCGUGACGUGUAAUUCGUCCGAUCACUGAGACACAUUUUCUUGGAAAGAUUUGGAAUGCUGCGUUUCGCCAACCGUAUCCUGACAUUAGUCUGCUCGUAUCGAUGCCAGCGUGCCAGCUGAUUUUGGGUUUGGUGACUGUGCCCAUAUUCUUCAUAUCCAGUCAAAGGUUGCCGAACGAAUGUUUCUUCUGCGGACCGAAGAGCAUCAACUACACCGCCCGCGAAUGUCUUAAGGAUCUCUCUUUGUACGGAAAUCAGUACAAUCGGGAUGAUAGCCAGCAGAAAUGCCAGCGCAAUCAGACCUGCCUGUUUGCUAUGGUGAAACGCAGCGAUGCCGAGCAGUUUGAGCCAUACAGGGAAUGCAUCAAUAAAGACCAAAACUGCUCCACGGUGCCGGCGCGGUCCGGCGACUACCUCACCGUCGCGGCGUGUAAGGAUGAUGUGAAGUGUUUAACGGCGCCGUGUUUUCAGAACGUCCAACUGACGCUGGACGAGGAACUGGAAGCUUACCUGCUUAGUCUUAAUGUCAGUUCUGCCCGAAAGAAUAUGGCGUUGUGGAGUGUUCUUAAUUGCACUGCUUGGCUGUUUGUUUUUCAGCAGCUUUAUAGAUUUUAUGCUCUAAAUUUAGCACCUUAAUUUUGUGUGUAAAUAUUUGUGUUGAAUAUUGUUAUUCUUUCCGGGAAUGGCUGGUUCUAAAAAAAUAAAUUUCGUAUGAACCGUUGAAAAUAACAAUUAAUUAUAAUUAAAUUAUUUGAAAAAUUAACAAAAUACUCUCUCCAAGCAACAAAUUGGAAAUUUACCGUUGAUUACUGCGGCGAUUAUGAUCGAAGUGACUAACAGAAAAUGUAGCGUGAAUCAUGAGGAACCUUGCUUGUUGCGGGCUGUUCAUCUCUGAUGAUCUCAUGUGGCGGUGUCACACAGAAUAAUUACAUUGCCUGGUUCGUUUGCUUUUUACUGCUCUGGACGUCGUGUUACUGCAGCAAUUUGACAGCGUUGCAAGAAGCGGUGAAUAGUCAGCCCUCGGAGUUCGCCUACUACAACUGCAGUGCCACCGACAUCUACCACGCCGAGAGUGACGGGAAUAUGUGCUUCUGCCGUUCCGUGUACGAUCUGCGGGAGUUCAAUGUGUCGACGUGGGAUCUGGAUAUCUUUGCGGAGUAUGAAUAUGAAGAGCUGCAACCGUAUCUCCAGCAGACGGAGCCGUUCGCGGCAUAUGUGGACUAUAUUAGCUGCCGAUUUGCCCACGGACCCUGCGAGUGUCCGUUCACGAAGUCGGCUGUCCAGGUAGCGGAUUCGCAAUACGGUGUUGCGGAUGCGCAAUGGGCGUACCAAGGUUGCACCGGUGUCUUAAUCUUUGACCACAUUACCAACGACCACCACAUUGAGUGCACGUGCAGCUUUUCCUACAACCAUUCCUACUAUGUGGACACCGGUGUGAAGGAGUUUCGCGUCAAAUCCGUGCCGUACCACGCCUGCCAUCGGAGUGCGUACUGCGACUGCGGAGGAGGAAAAAACGCAUCCGAAGAGUCGGGAAGAACUUUUAUGAAAGAUCACGGAGUGCAGAAUUCAACUGAUUUUUUAUCUAUGGUUUCUUUGAUUGUCACGUUUGUUUGUAUUCGACUGCUGAAUACAUUGUUUUUACUUUAGAGUUUUCAAAAAUCUCUUUGAAUAGCACGCGUUUCAGUAUUUUCAGGUUUCAGUAUUUCUUUUUGAAUUUUGAAUAAAAAACAUCAAAACU